AUGGUUGAUAUAAAUAAAUAUCUGGAAAGUCAACUAGCUCUUGCGAAGCAAAGAUGUGAAACGAAAAAUAGGAAGGAUGAUGGUGUUUCUGAGAAAAGUAGAUCUGCGGCUGAGCUCAUUGGGAAAAAACAAUCUAAAAAAUUGGGAAAGCAUUCUCCUGAUCCGGUUUCUAAAACAAAUAAUCGGGAAAAUACAAGUGCUUCCACAGAUAAGGAUUCUGAUGAUGAAUAUUUGCCAUCUGAGGAAGGGGGUGAUGACGAAAUCAUAAAUUCUCUUCCAUCAUCAUCACAUACUAAACCGAAUGUUAAAAGAAUUGUGGAUGAUGGCGACAUUAACUCUUACAAUGAAAGAAUAGAAGCUUGGAAAAAGAACUUAGCUGCUGUGAAAGCUGGUAACUAUACAGGAGAGAAUAUGACAGCUGACAUCAAGUAUAUGUUAGAAGGUAACAAAGAACCUGAAGCACUUCAUGAACUACAAAAUGGCCUGUGUGUCCCAAACUAUAUAUGGAAGCAGUUGUAUAAGUUUCAGAGAGUUGGAGUUAAAUGGUUGUGGGAGCUACAUCAAGUUGAUUCAGGAGGAUUACUGGGUGAUGAGAUGGGUCUAGGGAAAACUAUACAAAUAAUUGCAUUUUUAGCCGGGUUGUCCAAAACUGACUCUGGUAAGUGGAAUGGCCUUGGCCCAUCUAUUAUUGUAGCCCCAGCAACAGUCAUUUAUCAAUGGGUGUCCCAUUUUCAUUUCUGGUGCCCACAUUUAAGAGUCGCAGUGCUUCACCACACAGGCUCCCAUGUUGGAAAUCAUAAUAAACUUAUUAGAGAUUUACAUGCUUCUCAUGGAAUCCUAUUAAUUACCUAUGCUGGUGUUGUGAAAUAUACCAAAGAUUUGACUGAACGGAAAUGGCAUUAUGUGAUCCUAGAUGAGGGUCACAAAAUAAGGAAUCCGGAUACCCAAGUCAGCAAGCUUGUGAAAAAGUUCCAAACACCUCAUAAAAUACUUAUAACAGGAUCCCCUAUGCAAAACAGCUUACAAGAGCUUUGGUCACUGUUUGAUUUUAUGAGACCUGGGUUAUUGGGCACUUACAAUGCAUUUAUGGAUCAUUUUGCAACACCUAUAACACAGGGUGGAUAUGCAAAUGCAACUGAAUAUCAAGAAGCUACUGCUUUAGAAAUAGCUAAGGCAUUGAAACAAUUAAUUACCCCAUAUAUGUUACGACGAACAAAGGCUGAAGUCCAAGAGCACAUAAACCUCCCAGAUAAAAAUGAGCAGGUCUUAUUCUGUGCAAUCACUCAAGAACAAAGAGAUUUAUAUAUGGGUUAUCUUAUGAGUAAUACUGUUAGAAGUAUUUUGGACAAAGAAAGUAGGUAUGGAGACCCAAUAAGAGCUAGAAUACUUGUUGCAUUAUCAACUCUAAGAAAGAUCUGUAAUCAUCCUGACUUAUACUUGUAUGAAGCCCAUGAAGAAUGUGAAGAAAUUGAUGCUGAUAGAUUUGGAAAUUACAGAAGAUCUGGUAAAAUGCUUGUUGUGAAUUCUUUAUUAAAAAUCUGGCAUAAGCAAGGUCAUAGAGCAUUAAUAUUUUCCCAGUCGAGAGGCAUGCUGUGCUUGUUGGAGCAGUAUUUACAAAUGCAAGGGUUUAAAUAUUUGAGGAUGGAUGGCACAGUAAAUGUAGGACAGAGACAGAACAUGAUUAAAACUUUUAAUGAAAAUCCAGAGUAUACGGUUUUUUUAGCUACCACUAGAGUAGGUGGGCUAGGAGUAAAUUUAACAGGUGCUGACAGAGUGAUUAUAUAUGAUCCUGAUUGGAAUCCAGCUACUGAUGACCAAGCGAAAGAAAGAGCUUGGAGAAUAGGUCAAAUGAAAAAUGUUACAGUUUACAGACUCCUCUCAGCAGGCACUAUUGAAGAAAAAAUUUAUCAAAGACAAAUUUUUAAACAUUUUCUUAGUAAUAAAAUAUUAAUAGACCCUAAUCAAAAAAAUGUUUUAACGACAAGCACACUUCAAGGUCUUUUUGUUUUAGAAGAACCAAAUUGUGAUGGAGACACAGAAACUGCAUCUCUUUUCAAACACACUAAAAUAAAUGUUGAUAAUAAUAGUAAAACCAAUGAUAAAGAUGUUACAGCUUCACAGAAAAGAAUAGAAGCAAUGAAGAGAAUGGCUAAGGAAAUAAGUAAAAAAAUUGCAAAAGACACCAGUGUUUCUAAAGAAGACGAGACUGAAAAAGAUCCCCGAGAGGAGUACAAGAGAAAAAGGGAAUUGUUAUUAAAUCCUCCGAAAAUGGAAGUACCUGAAAUAAAUAUAGUCAAUGAUCAAGUAACCAAUGUUGGUUUUGACAGUGUUUUGUCUGAAAUAGACAUAGUUAAUAUGCACACUAAACAAGAUUAUGAAGAGAAUUUGAUUAGGAAUGUAUUAAAUAGUCAAGAAAAUGUUGAUGGUGACGAGAAAAGUAAUUGUGAAGAAAAUGAUCUAAAUCAUAAAAGUGAAGGCGAAAUAUCAGACUCUGAAGAAAUUAACAAAGAGGAACCUAAGAAAGAAAUGAAGCCUGAAAGAGAUAAGAUAGAUAACAAAAUAAAUAUAGUUAAAGUAACCAAGAAAUCUCGUAAAAGAAGACAUUCCCGUGAAUCAGAAGUUACAGUAGAAAAUCUAGUAGCUAUUAAGAAAGUUAAAAAGAAAAAGAGUAAGAAAGAAAAAGAACAAAAAAAUGAUGAUGAUUAUGUCUUAAGUAAACUUUUUGCAAAGGCCAAUGUUAAGAAUGCUUUACAACAUGAUGUUGUUGUUGGAUUAGCAGAAAAAGAGAAACGUUAUAAAAUCAAAGAAGAAGCUGUCAAAAAAGCUAAAGAUGCAGUUAGAGCUAUAAGACAUUCAUCUAAGUAA